GAAGAAACAUUGCAGGCAGUACUAACUAUCCAACAGCGCGCUUUGUCGGCGUCUCUCAACAUGGGCGCUACAUUUGAGAAACGCCUAAGAAAAAAGCCAGUCAGAUCGCGUUUGGGAAUAUCACUAUCUGGAAGAACCCUUACUACCAGGGAUCUGCGUCAGAAGCUGUCUAACAGUACGCCUGCGAGGGAUGCGAGGUCUGUUUUGAAAAACAGGAGACGCAUUAACACCAGCAAUGUUCGGGACGCCAGAAGUAUUCUGCGGCGUAAGACUAGUGUCACAAAUAGUGCACCAACGAAACGAGUGCCGUUCGUGUUACCCUUGAAAACGGUGCGUAAUGAUUUGUACAUUCAAAGACGACCUGGGUUGCAGCGCGUCCCUGUUCUCCAGAGACCGGUCCGCCGUUAUCCGGCUGCUCGCAUUCCCGACCUACUGAGCAUUCCCACUGUGCCUCCCAGUCUUCUUCAAACUGGUGGUGUCAACCCCGGCCGACUGUUCACUAGCUUAGUUAGUCCUACCACGCUACCAAUCUCGCUGCCCUCCGGCGAUGCGAAACCCAGCCCCAUCCAGGGGUUUCGCGUAGAAAUACGAAAUCUGCAACCAUCAGUGUCGCUUGACGACAUUUUCGAGCUUUUCAGCAGUGUCGGCACACUGCGCCUGUGCAAUUUAGUCCGCCCCGGACAGGCUGAGGUUGUGUUCAAUGAAGCUGUUGAUGCUAAAGAAGCUGUGCGGCGCUACAAUAACCGCGAACUUGAUGGGCGGCCCAUGAAUGUCGCUCUUGUUACAAAUAUCGCAGACGCUGCGGUUAGCACAGCUCGAUUCGCUUCUCGCCUGGGUCCCUCGGUUAUUCCUGGCGUUUUUGACCAAACGAGCAAACGGUACUGCUCAUUUCCUGCUUCGAUGUUCCAUUAAGAGUGUUACUUGUGCUUUCUUGUUUUGCUUUCUUUUUCUCAUGUUUCGGGCUCCGCUAAUUUGUUCUAGUGAAUUAUACCGAUAUGAAACUUGUUCACUUUCCUACCCACAUUUUCUCUGUCGGUCGCCGAUUCGUCCACGGGGGCUUCGCCACUCUUGUUCAGUGAUUUAGGCCUCAGUUUAUAUGUUUGUGCCCAUACUUCGAGUUCCGUUGUUGACACAUUCACCGACUUCUUUAUCUUCAUAAGUCAGGUUCUUUUUCCAAAUCAUAACUACAUUUCCGGUGGGCUUGCUGGUCCGUUUUAAAUAUUUUGAAUGCUAGUACACUGACUGUAGAAAAUAAUCGCUUUGCUCUUCUGUAUAACGGGCUCGUCACACCAUUUCGGUUUUUGCUUGGAUCUAAAUCCC